AGAAAUUUGUUAAAUGAAAGAAGAGGCAAAUAAUCGAAAGAAUAAUUAUUAGCCGGCUUUUUAAAAUUUUUAUCUGCAAGCUAUGUGCUACUAUUGUCUAAGAAGCAUCUUUCGUACUUAUAUAAAAGUUUAUUCAUUAUUAAGUAUGGUUAUUAUAUGCGAAGCAGCAGAAAGUAUUAUCAGAAUGCAUACAAGUAGAUGAUUUAUUGUUCCAAUUUGAGGGAUCAUUAAAAAGGAUUCAAAAUUACAAUAAAAAGCUUUCGCUAAGGCAUUAAGAUAAAUGAGUUGAUAUGUGCGUUGCACUGCCAAUCAAGUAAUUUUUGAUGCUUCUAAAGCGAUCACACAAAUAAAUUCUGGCAUUCAUAAAUAAGUGAAAAAGCUAAAGAUAACUAUCCUUUUACAUGUAACCUUAUGUAUCGUUUCUGGAAACAAUUAGCAUUCUUCAUGAUACAAUGAAGUGAUGUUCCUUUUUAAAGGUUGUACAAAAAACUUGCAAAGAAUACUUAUUUGCACUUAUAAUGCUUGUGAUAUAUAUUAAAAAAUUAGAUCUAAGAUAACUCUAUUGAUAAUAAAAUUCUUAAAUGUAACAUAAAUACAUAAAGUAUGAAACGAAUUAGCACAAAGAAUAUGGUGCUCUACUUAACCUGCUAUAUAAAGCAAACAUAAUAAAAGAAAAAUAAACUAUAUAUGUUCCGAACACUUGGUCUAAGAAGACUGUGAAAAUUGACCACACAAAUUGCUUAAGAAAAGUGCUUGCAUGUAUAUAAAUGUACUUAUUAAUAGGUAUAACAGAUGUCGUAUUGUUCAACGUAAUUUAUACUCAAGGAUUAUGCAAUGAGAUUAUAUUUAUAAUAUGAUCUUAAUAAGUAAAAGUGUGAUUAAACAAAAAAAUCUAAAAACUACAUAGACAAAAAAAUUUUUAAGAUUUUAGUCAACAAAGUGUUGAGCACAUAAUUUUUUCAAUAUAAGUCACAAAUUUAUGAGAUGCAAACAAAUAUUUAUAUUAUAUGGAUUUUAACAAAAGAUAAAAUGAAACAUUAGUAAAUAAUUAAGUAUGAAACAAAAUACGUAUAGUAACAAUUCUUAGGGGUCAUGCCCCCUGGGGCAAAAGGGGGAGCAGAGGGCUUGGGCCCUUCCUGUUCUGAAAUUCACAAUACUCAAGAACACGCUAUUGCAAAAUUUACACCUCCCUUUACAUUUGCCCAACAAUGCUACAGGCACCUUAAGAGUUCUGGGGUAGGAGAGGCAAGCGUAUAUCAUGCAUUGGUUGUAAUAUUUUUGGAAUUUUUUGCAUGGGGUUUAUUAACCAUGCCUAUAAUUUCUGUAUUAAAUGAAACAUUUCCGGAUCAUACGUUCCUCAUGAAUGGUUUAAUAAUGGGCAUCAAAGGGAUUUUAUCUUUCCUUUCGGCGCCAUUAAUUGGUGCUUUAUCAGAUGUGUGGGGUCGAAAAUUUUUCUUACUUAUCACAGUGGCCUUCACUUGUGCACCAAUUCCACUAAUGAGUAUAAACACAUGGUGGUUUUUUGCUAUGAUUUCAAUAAGUGGCGUUUUUGCUUGCACUUUUUCUGUAGUAUUCGCAUAUGUUGCCGAUGUUACAGAAGAAAAUCAAAGAUCAUUGGCAUAUGGUUUAGUUUCUGCAACUUUUGCUGCUAGCAUGGUAAUCAGUCCAGCUUUAGGAGCUUAUACCAUGACAAAAUAUGGAGAAAAUUUAGCAGUUGCGUUAGCAACAGCAAUUGCAGUCUUAGAUGUUUUUUUCAUAUUAGUAGCUGUACCUGAAAGUUUACCUGAAAAAGCAAGACCACCAGCACCCAUAUCAUGGGAGCAAGCUGAUCCUUUUGCAGCCCUAGGAAAGGUUGGAAAAGAUCAUACAAUUUUGAUGCUGUGCGUCACCGUGUUCCUGAGUUAUCUUCCUGAGGCAGGUCAAUAUAGCUGUAUUUUUGUCUACUUAAAAUUGGCUAUGGGGUUUUCUGCUGCUAUGGUAGCAUGGUUUAUUGCUGUCGUUGGAAUAUUAAGUGUAGGGGCUCAAAUAAUAUUAGGACCUUUAAUGAGAACUCUUGGUAGUAAACACACUAUAAUGUUGGGUCUCUUAUUUGAGAUGUUACAACUCAUGUGGUAUGGCUUCGGUUCACAAACAUGGAUGAUGUGGGCAGCAGGAGCUCUAGCAUCUGUAUCAAGUAUCACAUAUCCUGCAAUUUCUGCAUUUGUAUCCAUGCAUUCGGAUGCUGAUAAGCAGGGUUUGGUACAAGGAAUGGUGACUGGAAUGCGUGGUCUCUGUAAUGGUCUGGGACCUGCAAUGUUUGGUGUAAUCUUCUAUCUUUUCCAUGUUGAUCUCAAUGAUGACUCACCCUCUCUUCCUUUGAAACCAUCUCUUUUGGAUGAGAAUAAUAGAACAGGAACUGCCACACAACAUCUUGAUAUUAUGCCACAGGUAUUAAUGAAUAAGUUAGAAAGUAUUGAUAUGCCAUAUAAUAAUUAUGAUAAAAUAUUUAUUGGAAAGAAACCAAAAAUAUAUAUUUUUCAGCUUGUACCAGGUCCACCAUUUGUGUUUGGCGCAUUACUAGUGAUUUGUGCAUUACUGGUUGCUGCAUUCAUCCCUGAAACUACCACAAUGGCAACUGGAGCAUUACAUCAUCCAUCCACCUCCCGGAGGCCCUCCGGUAAAUACGCAUAUCAGAAAUGUUUGUCCUUGGACGUUCAUUAUGAGUCAGAUAGGAUGGGAAGUGGAAGAGGAAAGGUAGGACCACUAUCACCACUAGUCGACAAUUGCAACUCUGCUGCACUAUAGCUACUGAUGAAUUCAAAGACAGUUACUGUUCAUGGGCAAAAUAUAUAUUCUCACAAAAUGAUGAAACAUUGAUCAGUGAAGUGGUCACCGGUGUAAAGUGCACCAACUUCAAAGAGAUUGUAAUAGAUUUGUCUAUAAUGUAUUAUACUAUUUCUUUAAGUCAAUAACUAAGCUUGAUUUUAGGACUAUCAAUCAACUUAAUAUUUAGGUUGUAAUUUCCACAAGCAGUGCUUGUGUGAUAAUGAAAGGGUUCUUCUUCAAAACAGAUGUAACCUUAUUUGAAACAGAGUUUUGUUAUAUAUACAUAUAUAUUAUACAUAUAUAUAUAUAUAUAUAUAUAUAAAAGAAAAAAGCAAUCAAGUUGCUCUGUUCUUUUAAUAAUUCUUGAAUCAAAUUAUAUUAUAUUAGAGAUCAGCAAUUUUGAGACAACAAUCAGUAAUUACUAGUUUGCGUAGCUUGCCAAUAGCAAUACAGCACAAAAUGGCAAGACAAAUGACAGUAUUUUUAAUAGACUUCUAACUUGUGUCAUAUUCUUUAUUUGAAUACCCUUUUAUUGAUUUAAUAGCAAAUACAAAAAUAUGCAAGUUUAAUUUUUAUUAGUUGAACGCUAUAUAAUAAUACAUUUUGCCGAUAAAUACAUUACCUUGUAAUGUCUAAGAAAACAUCCAUAAAUUAUGCAAAAGCAUUAGGAUGAAAAUAGUAAAAAGUUUCAUUUAUUUCUUUCGUAACACUCACACAUUCCUAAUAAUAAAUACGCAGUAUAUUAAUUCAAAGUCACUGCUUUUUAUAUUGUAGAAAACAUUGAAACCUUGAACACUUUUACCAUUAGAAAUUAUAUUUUUAAGUACAUAAAAGUCUUUUCUUUUGUUGUUGUCAUUAUAGUUAUAAUAUUUAAAAUUCGUAUAUUUCACCAAAGUUACGAGACAUGUUAUGUAAUCUUCUAUUGUUUUAUUUUGAGCAUAAAUAUUUCUAUCAUAGUACAGUUUUCAUUCUUAAGCAGAAGUAGUUACGCACUUCUGCUUUUUUAAUUAUCUUAUACAAGAUGUAAUUUUUAAAAAUUUACAGAAUGUGUAAACUACUUUUUUCUGCACAAACUAUUUAUCACUUAUUAAUUAUUAAAUGUCAGCAUGAAUGAAAAGGCCUUAAUGAAUAUAAUACAAUUUAUAUAAAUGUUGUCAUUCUAAGGCAAUAAGACAAAUUAAAGAAUUCUAAUAAAUAAUUAUUGCGUAGCCCAAUUUUUAAUUAAAAACGUAUAGUAUGACCAAUAUGUUAAUCAUACAUAAAUUCAGAAUCAUCAAGAUUCAAGGAAUGUAUUGGUGAAAAAAUUUUGCACUUUAUUUAAAAUUGUGUGAGUGGCUCUGUUGAAUUUAAUUCUUUUGCUUUUCCUCAAUUUUUCAAAUAACUUAUCAUGAACACGAAUUUUCAGUUCAUAUUUGUAUAUAUGAUCUUUGUUAAAGUAAUGUUUUAAACAAUAUUUUAUUUUAAGUAUAUGGAAUAUAACACUUUCAAUUGGUUACAUAAAUCAUUCUUGCCUGGCUUGCAUCAACUGCUAAUGCCAUUACUAAAAAAAAUAAAUUAACAAUAAGAAUAAAAAGAAAGACAUUCGGUCUUUUAAUGCCAAAGAAUGAGAAAUAACAGAAAAUUAUCUUGGAAACUAUGGUGGAUAUAGAUAAGAAAACUUAACUUUCUGCAGAAAAUGUUGGAUAUCCCAGUA